AUGUUCAAGAGAAGUAUUCUUAAUUGUCAUCGUCGUCUUAUUCCAAGACAGACAAGAAUUGGUUAUAGGAGAUCUUAUUCAACUGGAUCUACUACCUUAUCUUCAUCAUUGAAUCCGGCAUUGGUAUUUAUUGGAGGAUCAAUAAUUGGAGGAGUGUUAACAUAUCAAUUUGCUUCCAAGUCCAAUUCAACCACUGCUGAAAAGUCAAUUGCACCUGCAACUAUCACUACCAACAUCGAUCUCGCAUCAACAUUACCAUUAGAUAACCUCUCCCCACCAACUUAUUGUACCGAUGAACAAUUACAACAAGGUAUAUCCGAAAUCCGUUCCCUCUUCCUCCAGACUACCCCCCAUUCAUCCACCGUUGACGAAUCCCUCUUGAUCAACAAUACUCAAGAACAAUUAGAUUCCCAUUCCGAUACAUAUUUCAAUUCUCAUCAUCCAAAACCUCAUGAACGUCCAAAAUAUGUCGUAUACCCGCGUACAACUAAAGAAGUUUCAGAAAUUAUGAAAAUCUGUCAUAAAUACUCCAUACCCGUCGUUCCUACCAGUGGAAGAUCAUCACUCGAAGGACAUUUUAUUCCUACUAGAGGGGGGAUCUCAAUUGAUGUAAGUAACUUAUCGGAAAUCUUACAAUUGAAUCAAACUGAUUUAGAUAUUAGUGUGCAAGCCGGAGUCGGUUGGGAAGAAUUAGCGGAUUAUUUAAAUGAUUAUAAUUUAUUAUUUAGUUCUGACCCGGGACCAGGUGCAACUAUUUCAGGUAUAUGUGCGAAUAAUGCCAGUGGGACAAAUGCAACCAGAUAUGGAGAGACAUAUAAGAAUGUCCUUAAUUUGACAGUUGUAUUAGCUGAUGGUACAAUCGUGAAGACUAAACAACGUCCAAGGAAGUCGUCGGCGGGAUAUAAUUUGAAUUCAUUGUUUGUGGGGAGUGAAGGAACAUUGGGGAUUAUAACUGAGGCCACAUUGAGAUUACAUGUGAAACCCACUGAAGAAUCGGUGAUUGUGGUUCCAUUUAAAUCAAUUCGAGAUGCCGCUAAUGCCGUGAAUGAUAUUUUGUUGACUGGGAUUCAAAUGAAUGCAAUUGAAUUAUUGGAUGAUAAAAUGAUGAAAGUUGUAAAUGCCAGUGGUGAAACCAGUAGGAAAUGGCAAGAAAUGCCAACGUUAUUUUUAAAAGUUGGUGGACCCAAUAUUAAUGUCAUAAAUGCCACCAUUGAUCAAUUGAAAUCCAUAACUACCAGGAACAACAAUCUUGAUUUCCAAUUUGCGUCUAAUGAAGAUGAAAAGACCGAAUUAUGGUCCGCGAGAAAAGUCGCCCUUUGGUCAACUAUAGAUCAUGGCAAAUCUUUGGAUCCAAAUAUGCAAUUAUGGACAACUGAUGCCGCUGUGCCUAUUUCUCGAUUACCCCAAUUCUUAACUGAAACCAAAGCCGAUAUCGAUUCUCAUGGUUUAAAGAAUACGUUGGUGGCUCAUAUUGGUGAUGGGAAUGCUCAUAGUUUUAUAUUAUAUACUCCGGAAGAAAGAGAUGUGGCUGAGAAGGUGGUGAAUAAUAUGGUUCAAAGAGCGGUUCAAUAUGAAGGAACAUGUACUGGAGAACAUGGGGUUGGAUAUGGGAAAAGACAGUUUUUGUUGGAAGAAGUUGGACCAAUUCCAAUUGAUUUAAUGAGAAGAAUUAAAUUGGCUUUGGAUCCAAAAAGGAUUUUAAAUCCUGAUAAAGUAUUUAAAAUUGAUCCAAAUGAUCAUGAACAUUAA